CUCCGGGGACGAGCCAUGCCCCUCCCGGGGGCGGCCCCUCGGCGGGCACAAAGCUCCGCUGGCCGCGAGGCGGCGGCUCCUCCCUUCUUCCCUCGCGGCCGUGCCGGGUUGCUGCGGCGCUCGCUCCGUUCCCGCGCGGCGGGCGCAGGGCUGCAGCAGCGCCGCGCCAUGGAGGCGGCCGGGGCCGCUGGGGCUGCCGCUGGGGCUGCCGCUCAGGAUGCUGCUGAGGCCGAGGCGCCGCCGACCGGGGCCGCCGCAGCCGCUCCGCGCCGGCUGCUGGCGUUGCUGCGUGACAAGAUGUGCACAUGGCAUAUUUUGAAAACAAUACUUCUGGGCCAGAUCCUGUCCUUGUUUAUCUGUGGGACUGCUGUUACAAGCCAGUACCUGGCAGAACAGUACCAAGUGAAUACUCCAAUGUUUCAAAGUUUUAUCAACUAUUCUUUGCUUCUUCUAGUUUAUACAACAAUGCUGGCAUUUAGGACUGGUGGUGACAGUCUUCUUCAAAUUCUGAAGCAGAGGUGGUGGAAGUAUAUUUUUUUGGGACUGGCUGAUGUUGAGGCCAAUUACAUGAUUGUAAAAGCCUACCAGUACACAACUCUCACGAGCGUACAGGAUAGCGAAAUCCAGAUUGGAAGUGGCCUUCUACUCAAAGUCAUUUCUCUGUGUACACAGCUACUGGAUUGUUUUGGGAUUCCUGUGCUGAUGGCUUUGUCCUGGUUCAUUCUCCGUGCAAGGUACCGACUGAUCCAUUUCAUCGCGGUUGCUGUCUGCUUGCUGGGUGUCGGAACAAUGGUGGGUGCUGACAUUUUGGCAGGGAGGCAGGACAGUGAAGGAAGUGACGUGGUGAUUGGAGAUGUCUUAGUUCUUCUGGGUGCUUCUUUGUAUGCCAUAUCUAAUAUGAGUGAGGAAUACAUUGUGAAAAAUCUGAGCAGAGUCGAGUUUCUAGGAAUGGUGGGCUUGUUUGGGACUAUUAUCAGCGGUCUACAGCUAGCCAUUGUGGAACAUAGGGAUAUAAUGAAAAUUCAAUGGAACUGGAAAAUUGCAUUACUGUUCAUAGUAUUUGCCCUGUGUAUGUUUGGGCUGUACAGCUUCAUGCCAGUAGUGAUUAAAGUUACAAGUGCAACCUCGGUCAACUUGGGCAUUCUGACUGCAGACCUCUACAGUCUUUUCUUUGGACUAUUCUUGUUUUACUAUAAGUUUUCAGGUCUUUAUAUCCUGUCCUUUGUCAUCAUCAUGGUGGGCUUCAUCCUGUAUUGCUCCACUCCAACUCACACUGCAGAGCCCACCACCGUGCCGCAGCCAUGCAGCGCUGGCUUGGACAAUGCUGCACUGAAGCUUGAUGAAAACGACAGUGCAACGCCAGCUGUAACCGUACAGUUCAUGAGCGGAGAAUCCGUGGUGGUCAGCACUGACUGAAAAAUGGCAGCAUUUCAAAACAGACCUUUCAUUUCAUUGCCAGAAUUUCCUUCAAAUAUUAAUCUGGAGAACUGUUCUACUGCCAGGGCAUAUGUUGUACUGGGCUGUUUUUAAUGCACUGAAUAAACUUUUAAGGCCAGAUCCUCAA